GUUCUGCAGAAAGCUCCAGCUCCGACCCUCGGCCUAGUUAUACAAAGGAAUUUCGUGUAAAAACACAGUCAGCUCAUGUCACAAAUACUUUGUAUUCUUUCUCUAUUCUUUGGGCUUUCUCCUUCCUUCUUUAUAUAUUGCAAAUAUUUUGAAAGAGAAUAUCUGGCUGCUUGACGUACGAACUGGGGGGGAGCGAUAGCGAUUUCGUUCUGUUAACAAGGGUAGGAGCGGGGAGCUUAGAAAUAUGCCUUCAACAUUAGGGUGAGCUUCUAAUCUAUGUCCUACUAUCUGAUGUACUGACACAUAAUUCCAGGGCCUUUGUCGCUGGCGGAAUUGCAGCAUGUGGAGCUGUAACUGCGACUCAUCCGUUCGAAACAGUGAAGAUCCGGUAAGAAUACCACGGCACAAUACACUAAAUCAUGAAGUUACUAAUUGCGCAAUCACAGCAUGCAAUUGCAAGGCGAGCUUCAAGAGAAAGGGCUCCAACCACGAUUAUAUAAAGGGCCUUUUCACGGCGUCGCAACUAUUGUACGGAAUGAAGGUCUUGGGGGCAUAUAUCGAGGAAUCGGCGCUGCAUACAUUUACCAGAUGAUCCUCAAUGGAUGUAGGUUAGGCUUUUACGAACCUAUACGAGAAACUAUCACUGGCGCAUUAUUUGACGAUUCGAAAACACAAAGUUUGGGAAUAAAUAUCUUCUCAGGCGCAACAUCAGGUAUAUUGGGUGCUGCCGCAGGAAGUCCGUUCUUCUUGGUAAAAACGAGAUUACAGAGUUUCUCACCACAAGCACCAGUGGGCACACAACAUGGUUAUAAGAAUGCUAUGGAUGGGAUGAGAAAGAUUUAUACAACGGAGGGAGUAAAUGGACUUUACAGAGGAGUAGGAGCUGCUAUGGUCCGGACAGGUUUUGGAAGCUCUGUCCAGCUACCAACAUACUUCUUCGCAAAGCGAAGACUUGUGAAACACUUAGGAAUGGAAGAAGGGCCAGCGUUACACCUUGCAAGUAGUACAGCUAGUGGUUUUGUGGUUUGCUGUGUUAUGCACCCACCAGGUAAGCAGAUUUUGAUUGGUAAAUCUACUCCUCGAUUCUAAUUUCUCUUAGACACUAUCAUGUCUCGAAUGUACAAUCAGACCGGCAAUCUGUACUCGGGUAUUUUUGAUUGUCUGGCGAAGACUGUGGAGACAGAGGGAAUCUUCGCCAUUUACAAAGGGUUUCUGCCCCAUUUGGCAAGAAUAUUACCCCAUACCAUCUUGACCCUUAGCUUGGCGGAACAAACCAACAAGCUGAUGCGGAAAUUCGAGAACCGAGUCCUUCCUGCUUCGAUAAAGGAGCAAGUAUAGAAUACGUGGCUUAUGCCCCAAGCUUUUCCCAGGCACCAACACGCCACCUUGUAUAUCCUUAUUAAGCUUGUAUAAUGCAUGUCCCUCGAGGGCGACCGGAGAAAAUAAUCGGUGUUCGAAUAUAGGAUUUCGGGUUGUUAUUAAAAUCAUGGUAGAUUAUGGUCGGGCAUUUUCAUCCGUUGAUAGAUCUUGAGCAUCCAUAGCAUAGAAC